AUGAAUAGUUCAGACUUGUUUGACAAUGCCACUAAUACUGAGAAAGAGGUCGCCAAUAUCUUGCUAGAACUGCCUAGGUUAUUUAUAGAACCUAUUGUUCCAAAAAGGAGAUUUAGAGUAAGAAGAUCAGUCCUUAAAGAAAGCCCUUCUCUUCCUAUAGAAGAUCAUAGUGUUGCUUCACAGUUGGAAACUCCUACAUGUAAUGGUGAGAAUGAGAAUGAGAAUUCAAACCGUGAUACUGACGAUCAACGCAUCCCUUAUAUUGAAGAGAAUUCUUCCGAAAUCAAAGUUCAAUCUGCAAGCCUUGAACCAACCACUUCCCAACACAAGGUUAUAAAAAUAAAAUUUAACCCUCCUUCUGAAAUUCAUUAUUCUCAGAAACAAAUACAAAUUGAAGAUAAACCUCCCAAACUUAAAGCAGAUAUUCAUCCUAAAGGUCUUAUGAUCAUAAACAAGACUUGCAACGAAAGGGCCAAAGAUGAAAUUGAAGAAGGAUUGGGUAAAUCAGUUGUGCCCAAAGGUCAUUUACUUCGGGGGUCCGGAAAAAUCAAAGCAGAGACAAGCACAGUGCCAGAGGCUAGUAAAGUCUUCGUACCUAGUAAAAAGCGCGACAAGAGAAAGUCGAUAGAAGAAUUGAAAAAAGAAUUGGCAUUAUUGGAACAACGAAAACGUGGUCUUUUAAAAGUUUUGGAGUCGAAAGAGAAUGUAAAGGAGCACUUGGAAAAGAGAAAAGCUCUCAAGUUGCAGCAGAAGGCCCUUAAACUACAGGAAGCAAAACCAUGAAUAGUAAAAUUACGAGACAACUUAAUAAUAUUUUUUUGUUUUUUGGAUUAUGAGGAAGACAAGAUUUGGAAUCGAAAACCCUAAAUGAUCGUAUAACUGUA